AUGAAUAUGGAUUAUAUACAAAAUUCAUUUCUAAAAUCAUAUUUUCAUUUUCUUCAAUAUAUACUACUAAUCAUUAUAAUAAUAUCUAAUAUUAGAUUAUCUUAUACAAUGGAUACUACCAUAUGUCCAAAACAAUGUAUAUGUAGUUCAAAACGUAUGAAUUGUGAAUUACCCGGUUUAAAAUAUUUACCAAUACCACCAAUGUUACAAUUAGAAUAUUUAUUAAUACAAAAUCAAACAUUUAUUAGUACUCAUUUAGGAUUAAAUGAAUUAUCCAUUUAUCGUAGUAUUGAAUUUGGUGGUAAAAUUCAAUUAAAAAGUUUACAUAUACGUUAUUGUAAUAUAGAAAGUUUAGGACGUAAUACAUUUCAAACAAUAGGAUCACAAUUACGUUUAUUAGAUUUAACAGGGAAUCCAUUAAUUGAAAUAGCUGAUUAUGCAUUUAAUGGUUUAGAUCAAUUAACAUUAAUAAUGGAUGAAAUUAAAUUGUCUAGUUUCCAUGAAAAUACAUUUAAUGGUUUAACAAAAAUGAAAAGUUUAAUAAUGCGUAAUUCAAAUUUACGUGAAUUACCAUAUAAAUCAUUAGAACAAUUGACAUCGGUUAGUCGUCUUGGACAAUUAAUAUUGAAAGGUAAUCAAUUAAGACGUCUUGAUAUGAAAUAUGAUGUCAUAUUUAAAGAAUUACAAAAUUUUGAAAUUAAUGAUAAUCCAUGGCAUUGUGAUUGUCAAUUAAAUUGGUUAAUUAAACGUUAUCGUUCUAUACAUAAACAUAAUUGGAAUGAAACAAUAGAGAAUAGUUGGGAUAGAGAAGAUAAUCAACCAAAAUGUUCAACUCCACAUUCAUUAGCAGGUCAUAAAUUUAGUGAUUUAAUUACAGAUUUAUCAGAAGCUUAUAAUUCAGUUACAAGUACAUGGCAAAAAUCAAAUCCACCAUUUAUUCUUUAUUGUCCACCACCACAACUUGAACGUCUUGAUGUGGAUCUAACUAAUCUUCAUCAAAUGAAAAGUAAAUAUUCCAAAGAUUCUGUAAUAGAGAAUUCAAAUGAAAAAUCUAUCAUUUCAAAUGAUCAACAUUCUUCAGUUCGAUUAACAUGUUCAAUGAAAGGAUCCAUAGACUUAUCUAUCAUGUGGUAUUAUCACAAUAAUAAUAAUAAUAAUACUAUGACUUCAGUCAAUGUAUCAAAUAAUCAUAUAAUACAUAAAUAUCCAAAUAAUAGACAAAUUUCAUAUAUAAAUAAUGAAAAGGAUGUAUGGUCUAUUAGAACUAAUGAUAUUAUUAAAGUUGAAAGUGAACUUGAAGUAAUACAACAACAUCAAAUAGAUAUGUAUUCAUGUAUUGGAAUUGAUGUCAUUGGUAAUGUAACAGCAACUGUGCGAUUACAAUGGCCAUUAAUUCAAUUAACUAAAUUAUCAGAAAUCGAUAAUCAAUUAUCAUUACCAAUAUUAAAAGUUCCAUCUAAUGAUAGUAAAUCAAAUUAUUUAAAUAAUUGGUCAACUACAUCAUUGUCAUAUUCAAAUUCAGUUUUACAUAUGAAACAAUUUAGUUUAGGUGAAUUAAUUGCAGCAACCGCUGGAACAUUUUUAUCAACUGUUUUAUUAUUUUUUAUUAUAUAUCAAACACUUCAUCGUAGAUUAUCACCAUGUGAUAAACGUAAAUUAUAUAGACCACAUAAAACAGAUAAUGGUAUAUUAGAAGUACCUGGUAUAUCACCUGGUGGUAUAUCAUCAUCAAAUACAUUAUGUAGUGUAUCAAGACCAACUAUAAUUACGACUACGACUACUCCUAAUAAUCAUAAUAAUAGUAAUAGUAGUAAUAGUUCUGUAGAAACAAAUUUAUUACAAAAUUCAAUAACAAAUUGUCCUACAAGUCAAAUCAAUUCUGAAUCUAUUUCAUUAGCAACUAAUCUUAUAAAUGCACAACAAUUUUUAAAUGGAUUAUCUGGAUUUAAUCAAGCUACACUUCCUGUAAAUAUGCAACAACAAACUAUUCAAACAGAAUUAGGUAGAUGUAUUCGUCCGGCACCAAGUAGUACAAUAGGUGAUGGAAGUUUAAAUUCAAUGUCAUAUGAACCGAUAUCUUAUUCAGAUACUAAUAAUGUAACAUAUGAUGUGCCAUGGAUAGUCAAUACUAAUAAUAAUGAUAAUAAUAUAAAUAAUCAUAAAAUGGUCAAUGUUAACCAAAGAAUAUCAAAUGAACAAUGUGUACCACUUUUAUAUAAUGGACUACCUACAAAUAUACCUAAUCAUAUUGAACCAAAUCCUAAUAAUCUUAUUCAUACUGGUCUAUUUAUUCCACCACCACCAUCCAUUCCACAACCUUCAUUACCGAAUUCUUGUACAAAUUCAACAUUAUCAUUAAAAGCUGUCAAUGUUCAACCUAAUUUUCAAGGUAAUCUCCUUUUCUUACAAUCUGGCUGUUAUCCACAAGUAAUGAAUUCUGUUACAACGAAUUCACCAUUAAG